CGAAAAUAGGAUUACAGGUAUCCGACAGGUGAAAGUUGCUCUUGCUCUCUCUGUGUUCAAACCAUCUGUACCAGCUCAGAGCUACACGAUGUCCGUUAACAGUCAAGACUCUGGGUAUGUGGACAACUGGCAGGCAAGGAAGACUGUUACACAGUGUAAUCUGCGCAUGCUCGAAACCGAAGACUUCAGUGACGUCACCUUCCGGGUGGGAUCACAGCAACAGGUGGCCCGAGCUCACCGCUAUGUUCUUGUCAGUCGCAGCUGUGUGUUCCAUGCCAUGUUCUGCGGCCCCCUGGCGGAAAAAGGGGAGGUAACCAUUCCAGAUAUUGAGGCAGACAUCUUCAAGGAAUUCUUAAGGUAUAUGUACACAGACAAGGCCCGAAUCAACGCUGAAACAGUCACGGGACUAAUGUACACAUCCAGGAAAUACUCUCUUGAUACAUUGUACGAUCUCUGUGUAACUUUCCUGGAGGAGUCCCUCUCAGAAGACAAAGUCUGCCAGAUCCUGGAGGAGUGUCAUGGUUACGGGGAGCUGGACUUUGAACAGAAGGCCCUGAAGAUCCUGACAGAAGGAGGGGAGAGAGUCACCAAGUCUCCAGGAUUUGUGGGUCUUUGUUCUGAUUGUCUGGGGAAGUUCCUGAAAUCGGACACGCUUAACCUCAAAGAGGAAGAUAUAUUUGAAGCAGUGCUGUCCUGGACAAAGGAAAGAUGCCGGAAGGAAGGUGUGAGUGACAAGCCUGAGAACAGACGAAGACUCUUGGGUGACAUGAGAUAUGAGAUCCGGUUUACCAGCCUGCCCCUGGAGUAUCUAGUGAAGGUUGUGGGCCCAUCUGGAUUACUGACAGUGGAGGAGAGAGUUAAAAUUAUUGACAGAUCUAUUGACUCUACUGUUGACAUUUCCCCAUUUGUAGGUUUAAAGAGAAAGCAAAUGCAGGAACCUGAUAUUUGCAACUGUGUCAUGUGUGAAAUGUAGUGGGGCAGGAAAACAUGCUCUCUCGAUUCGUGUCAA